GAGAAGUCGGUAGACCAUGACCUGACCAGGGGUCAAAUAACCAGGGGUCAACGUACUGUUGCCAGAAUCUUCACCUUGGACAAAGCUGCAAGAAACGCCAAAUUCUGUGCUUUUAGAAGGCAACAUUUGCAAGGGUAAGCUUAGCUCAUUUCCUGUCUGCUUCUGUGUAUGCAGGAAGGAAAAAAAAGAAGGAAACCCUCUUCACAACGAAGUUCCCGAAACGCUAGCGGGAAGGAGGAGGAGACAAGAUGGGGCAAAUCGAGUGGGCUAUGUGGGCUAAUGAACAGGCUAUCAUUAGUGCAUGGGUGAUGCUCACAGGGGGAAUCAUUGGUCUGACUGGGUUCAACAGAUGGGAGAUUGCUGCAUAUUCAGUAGCCGCAGGUAUCUUCAUCAUCCUUUUGGAAUAUCCCAGGGGUAAGAGGAAGAAGGGACAUACCAUCGAGAGACGGUAUCAGCAGUACUUGACACGUGUGAUCCACGCGUGUGGCACCAUCACCAGUAACUACUACAUCAGAUUUGUCCUCCAUCUUCUAUUGUGUGUGCCUGCAGGCUUCCAGCUCCCCACCAUCCUGGGUGCCCUAGGUCUCUUCAUCGCUAGCAUCAUUUACUUUGUGGCUGCGUUUCACGGGGAAAAGUGGCAGCCUAUCGGCAUCGACACUAAGGGCGCACCCAGUUCUUCCAACCAGACAGUCAUCACACAGCCACCGUCACAGCCGCCCCCACGGGCGCCGGCCCACGUCAGGCCGAAACGUCCGGCGCAACCGGUAGAAGGAGACCCGACCAUCCUCUAGCCUUACAGUAUUGUUUGUGACUAGGAUAGGCUGUAGGAAACAUGACGUAUGACUCGCUGAAUUCUGCUGAAAUUAUUCUUCAAAGCCAGUGUCACACAGAAAGAAAAUAGUUGACCAGACAAGUCAAAAGUCUCAAUCUCAAAAGGAUAUUUUUGGCUGAAAUAAGGCUGAUGGUCUUUCCACCACCACAGGAUCUUUAGGGAUCAACUGUUGUUCAAAGGCCACAGAGCCCAUCCAAUGUAAUGGUAGAUUUUCAGGGAUAUACUUUAUAUGCUUGAUUUUCUGAUGAUUUUGAAAUUCGGUGACCUUCUGUCAGUUAGCAAAGUUAUCUGAAGGUCAUUGAAUGUGUGAUGUUUGAUCUUUGCCCUUCACUAAGCAUAUAACUUUGCCUUUUUCUACAUAUCAGCAAGUUUGUAAAGGGAAUCCGUGAACUGGCAAGGCAAUGUAGAAAACAGUAAGACUAUUCUUAUGACUAUGUGUCUCCAGGGCUAUUUUUGAUAACUCAUAUCAUGGAGACAUUAGCGUAGAGUUGUGAAAGUCUAGCUGGAGAUAUUUGAGAUCUUUGUAAAAUAUGUAUUUUUAUAUAACCACAGGAAUUCUCUUACUCUCUCUUUGCUGGUUUCUGCUAACCAACAGCAGUGUUUCCUAGGAAUGGCGCUACAACAGGGAUGAACCGAAUUUCAGACAAUGCCUUUAGGAACUUGACCCUCUUUUUUGACCCAUGCUGGUCUUUGGGACUGAUCAAAUCAGGAUCAGUUCAAAGGUGCCCCAAGAUCAAUACCUGCUGUGGUCUAGUUCACCAUGGGUUAAUGGGGUCUGACAUUAACUGCCACUAGGGGUGGGUACCGAUACGGUGCACCGGUACAAAACCGUUUUUUUCUUAUUGGACCGGUCCGGGAAAAACUGACCUGAAAAAAUUCGGUGAACCGGAUGCUGGACCUAUUAGAAAAUAAACAGAUUAUAUGAU